AUGGAGAGCGGCACGAGCGGGCUCGCCACGCCGGCGUCGGUCGCCGACUCGAUCGACUCCGACGUGAGCGAGGAGGGCCACCGCCGCUUCCACACCGCCCCCGCAAGGUACGGUGCGCGCUCGGGCCAGCUCAAGCGGCGGUCGGCCCCCCCGAUCUGGGAGGUGGCCCAUCGGUUCCACGAGGAGGCGGGCGGGCAUGACGAGCGCUCGCUCUCCGAGCGCGUCUCCGACAUCGAGGCCGAGCAGGGCCCGCCCAGCUCCAUCCACGACUCCUGGCCCCGCGUGCGCAAGCAGCGGUCCGACGAGGAGGGCCGGUCGAUGACCCUGUGGCAGCUCUCGAACGCGAUGCGCGCGCCGCCGAUCUCGCGCUCGUCGUCGAUCGAGUCGGGCUGCAACACCCGCGGCUCGCCCGCGCCCUACGACCCGCCCGCCGCACCCUCUCUCAAGCAGCAGAUGGCGGCGGCGCUGCGGCACGGCCCGUCGCCGAUGUCCAAGGUGGCGCCGGCGGAGGGGGUCUUCGACAACACGUUCGUCGACUCGGUGCUGGGCGACGUGGACAACAUGCACCUCACCGACCGCAAGCGCGACGGGGUGCGGCAGUACGGCUACCGCUGGCGGCGCAUCGCCUCGCAGCUGCAGGGCCGCUCGGACGACGCGGUGCGCAACCGCUGGUCGCGGCUCAAGGGCGGAGAGGAGGGCGAGCCAAAGGCCGGGCUGAGCAAGGGCGGCGCCUCGGGCCGCAACGCGGCGGGCGACACGGGCGUCACGGCCUUCCCGGAACCUUCUCCUUAG